AUGCUCAUGGGGCAGCUGCAGAGAGCAUCUCUAUAUUUAAUUGUGCUUCUCUGUUUGGGCUGGGUGUGUGACGCACAUUGGAACUCACAGAGAGGGCCUGCUAGACAACCUGUUUUAUUGAGCUACGAUGAUGUGUCACCAGCUAAACCUGAGUUUAGGGAGCUAGUCCAGACCCCAGUCCAGUACCAAGCCAGGCCCCUGGUCACAGCCCGGCCUCCUGAUCCCCAGUCAGUUGGGAAGGUGGUGCUGACCACUCCAGAGCUUGUCAGGAGUGUGGGGGCCCGUUGUGGGGAGAGCAGGGUGUGGGUGGAGGCCAAACUGGACCUGUUUGGGACAGGCCAGCUAGUGAAGGCGGAGGAUGUCUCCCUGGGAGGGUGUGUCUCCACGGAGUUGGACCUCUCAGCCCAAGUCCUGCUGUUUGAGUCGGAGCUGCACACCUGUGGAAGUGUGCUGACUGUAAGGGCUUCAGUGUUUGGAAUAGCUAACUAGUAAUUUCUACAUGUACUAUGACUUCUUCGACUGCAUAAGGGUUACUUUAUAUAUGGUUUAGUACCUAGUGUAUAUAUUUUUGUUUAAGAUGACAGAGGACUACCUUGUCUAUACCUUCACCCUCAUCUACACCCCAACACCGGAAGGUGCCAGUUCCAUUGUCAGGACCAAUGAUGCUACGGUCUGCAUUGAGUGCCACUAUUUGAGGUGAGUGGCGUACUGUAGUUUCAGAUUGAAUGUACCAUUAUACAAUGAUCCCUUCCCCUCUGCCUACCUACCCCAGGAGACUCAAUGUGAGCAGCAAUGCCCUGAGGCCCACCUGGCUUCCCUAUGGCGCUACCAAAGUUGCUGAGGACUCCCUGUCCUUCACCCUCGCACUCAUGAAUGGUGGGUAAUCCACUGAACAGUCUGGGCUUAAUAGAGCACACCUACUGUUAAUCCAUCUAUGCACAGCUGCUCUGUUUACUGUACAGUUUGAGAGUGCGUCUGUUUAAAAUGUUUCCUAGAUGACUGGCAGUAUGAGAGAUCGUCUAAUGUCUACUUCCUGGGAGACAUUAUUUAUCUGGCGGCGUCUGUGCAGCAGUAUCACCAUGUGCCCCUGCGUGUGUUUGUGGACAGCUGUGUGGCCACCCUGGUCCCUGAUGACAACUCUGCUCCCAUAUAUGACUUCAUCCAGAACCAUGGGUAAGGGCCAAUAUGAAAGUAUAUUUUCUUGUCUUUAAAUGUGCAUUAUCCCCCUGCAGCAGUCUUGAAUUUAGACUUACCUCAAUGAGUUUGCUUUCCACACCUCACUCUUGUACUAAGGAAAUGUAUUUAAGUUUCCCCUUAUCCCUGUAUAGUUACGGUAGAACACAAGUAGCUACCAGCAGAAGGACCAGGAUGUCCCAUUACCCUCCUAACCUACCUCUGUCCCUCCAGGUGUGUAACUGAUGCCCUGCAGACAGGCUCUGUCUCGCAGUUCCUGGUCCGCACUCAGCUGGACAGACUCCACCUCCAGCUGGAGGCCUUCCGCUUCCAGCAGCAGACCAGCCCCAAUGUGAGUCACCUUGUCUGGGCUGCGGACAGGCCUGGGAGGGGGUUAUCCGUUAUACAUUUACAUCAUUUAGCAGACGCUCUUAUCCAGAGCGACUUACAAAUUGGUGCAUUCACCUUAUAGCCAGUGGGAUAACCACUUUACAAUAUGUUUUUUUAUUUUAUUUGGGGGGUGGGGUAUAAGGAUUACUUUAUCCUAUCCCAGGUAUUCCUUAAAGAGGUGGGGUUUCAAGUGUCUCCGGAAGGUGGUGAGUGACUCCGCUGUCCUGGCGUCGUGAGGGAGCUUGUUCCACCAUUGGGGUGCCAGAGCAACGAACAGUUUUGACUGGGCUGAGUGGGAACUGUGCUUCCGCAGAGGUAGGGGGGGCCAGCAGGCCAGAAGUGGAUGAACGCAAUGCCCUCGUUUGUGUGUAGGGACUGAUCAGAGCCUGAAGGUACGGAGGUGCCGUUCCCCUCACAGCUCCGUAGGCAAGCACCAUGGUCUUGUAGCAGAUGCGAGCUUCAACUGGAAGCUAGUGGAGUGUGCAGAGGAGCGGGGUGACGUGAGAGAACUUGGGAAGGUUGAACACCAGACGGGCUGCGGCAUUCUGGAUGAGUUGUAGGGGUUUCAUGGCACAGGCAGGGAGCCCAGCCAACAGCGAGUUGCAGUAAUCCAGACGGGAGAUGACAAGUGCCUGGAUUAGGACCUGUGCCGCUUCCUGUGUAAGGCAGGGUCGUACUCUCCGAAUGUUGUAGAGCAUGAACCUACAGGGUGUUGUCCAGGGUCAUGCUAAGGCUCUUUGCACUCUGGGAGGAGGACACAACGGAGUUGUCAACCGUGAUGGCGAGAUCAUGGAACGGGCAGUCCUUCCCCGGGAGGAAGAGCAGCUCCGUCUUGCCGAGGUUCAGCUUGAGGUGGUGAUCCGUCAUUCACACUGAUGUCUGCCAGACAUGCAGAGAUGCGAUUCGCCACCUGGUUAUCAGAAGGGGAAAGGAGAAGAUUAGUUGUGUGUCGUCUGCGUAGCAAUGAUAGGCGAGGCCAUGUGAGGAUAUGACAGAGCCAAGUGACUUGGUGUAUAGUGAGAAUAGGAGAGGGCCUUGUGAGGAUAUGACAGAGCCAAGUGACUUGGUGUAUAGUGAGAAUAGGAGAGGGCCUAGAACUGAGUCCUGGGGGACACCAGUGGUGAGAGCACGUGGUGCGGAGACAGAUUCUCGCCACACCACUUGGUAGGAGCGACCGGUCAGGUAGGACGCAAUCCAAGAGUGAGAUGCCCAGCUCGGAGAGGGUGGAGAGGAGGAUCUGAUGGUUCACAGUAUCAAAGGCAGCAGACAGGUCUAGAAGGACAAGAGCAGAGGAGAGAGAGUUAGCUUUAGCAGUGCGGAGAGCCUCCGUGACACAGAGGAGCAGUCUCAGUUGAAUGACCAGUCUUGAAACCUGUUCUGGUCAAUGCCUGUUCGGCUGAUGGCUAUAACUUAAAACAUGGCCAAUCUGGGCCUGUAUUCAGUGUCUCAAAGUAGGCGUUCUAAUCUAGAAGUAUGUCCACCCUCAAAUUCAUUGUUAUUUCAAAGGCCAAACUGAUCCUAGUUCAGCACUUAUGAGACACUUUGAAUGUGGGCCUAUAUGCACUGUCUUAGGAUUGUUGAUGUAAAUAUCUGAAACACAAAAGGGAAUGUAUUUGAAUUGGGAUGUGCACUGCAUAUGGUGUGUGGCGUCCAGAUUCAAUUUCCACCAGUUAACAGAAAUCGCUCAUAGAUCUACAUCACCUGUCGCCUGAAGGCCACUGUAGCAACUGCUCCCCUAGACAUGGAGCACAAGGCCUGCUCCUUCGCUUUAGGAUCCAACCGGUAUGUAUGGGCUUCUCGUUGGCAUGUGAAUUGUUAAGAGGCCUAUCAAUGGUGUAGCGUCAUGAUUCUCGCUCCACUCUUCUCCAGCUGGGUAGGAGCUGAUGGGGAUGAUGCGGUGUGUGGCUGCUGUCAGACUUCCUGUGGCCAGAGGAAGGGGAGGAGUCUGCCCUCUGAUACAGGUAUGGGUUGUGUUCCCGUCAGACAAUGCUGACGCAUGCCAGGUCUUACAAUGCCUGGAAAGGUAUUUUGCAUAUCAGCUAGCAUGUUAUAGCAAUCUGGUGCCCAACGACGUGGUACGCAACCAUUGGUUAAUGCAUGCAACAUCUGAGUAGGGGAAUGCCACCGUGGUCUAACCGCUUACCUGAGGUUGUAGAAAAGCAUAAUUGCACCAGAAUGAAUCUGACCUACAGUUGAAGUGGGAAGUUUACAUACACUUAGGUUGGAGUCAUUAACUUGUUUUUCAACCACUCCACAAAUGUAUUGGUAACAAACUAUAGUUUUGGCAAGUUGGUUAGGACAUCUACUUUGUGCAUGACACAAGUAAUUUUUCCAACAAUCGUUUACAGACAGAUUAUUUCACCAUCACAAUUCCAGUGGGUCAGAAGUUUACAUACACUAAGUUGACUGUGCCUUUAAACAGCUUGGAAAAUUCCAGAAAAUGACGUCAUGGCUUUAGAAGCUUCUGAUAGGCUAAUUGACAUCAUUUGAGUCAAUUGGAGGUGUACCUGUGGAUUUAUUUCAAGGCCUACCUUCAGAAAUCAGCCAAGACCUCAGGAAAAAAAAUUGUAGACCUACACAAGUCUGGUUCAUCCUUGGGAGCAAUUUCCAAAUGCCUGAAGGUACCACGUUCAUCUGUACAAACAAUAGUACGCAGGUAUAAACACCAUGGGACCACGCAGCCGUCAUACAGCUCAGGAAGGAGACGCGUUCUGUCUCCUAGAGAUGAACGUACUUUGGUGCGAAAAGUGCAAAUCAAUCCCAGAACAACAGCAAAGGACAUUGGGAAGAUGCUGGAGGAAACAGGUACAAAAGUAUCUAUAUCCACAGUAAAACUAGUUCUAUAUCGAUAUAACCUGAAAGGCCGCUCAGCAAGGAAGAAGCCACUGCUCCAAAACUGCCAUAAAAAAGCCAGACUACGGUUUGCAACUGCACAUGGGGACAAAGAUUGUACUUUUUGGAGAAAUGUCCUCUGGUCUGAUGAAACAGAAAUAGAACUGUUUGGCCAUAAUGACCAUCGUUAUAUUUGGAGGAAAAGGGGGGAACUUGCAAGCCGAAGAACACCAUCCCAACCGUGAAGCGUGGGGGUGCUUUGCUGCAGGAGGGUCUGGUGCACUUCACAAAAUAGAUGGCAUCAUGAGGAAGGAAAAUGAUGUGGAUAUAUUGACGCCACCUCUCAAGACAUCAGUCAGGAAGUUAAAGCUUGGUCGCAAAUGGGUCUUCCAAAGUUGUGGUAAAAUGGCUUAAGGACAACAAAGUCAAGGUAUUGGAGUGGGCAUCACAAAGCCCUGACCUCAAUCCUAUAGAUAAUGUGUGGGCAGAACUGAAAAAGCGUUUGCUAGCAAGGAGGCCUACAAACCUGACUCGGUUAAACCAGCUCUGUCAGGAGGAAUGGGCCAAAAUUCACCCAACUUAUUGUGGAAGCCUACCCAAAACAUUUGACCCAAGUUAAACAAUUUAAAGGCAAUGCUACCAAAUACUAAUUGAGUGUAUGUAAACUUCUGACCCACUGGGAAUGUGAUGAUUUUCUCUACUAUUAUUCUGACAUUUCACAUUCUUAAAAUAAAGUGGUGAUCCUAACUGACCUAAGACAGGGAAUUUUUACUAGGAUUAAAUGUCAGGAAUUGUGAAAACUGAGUUUAAAUUUAUUUUCAAAGGUGUAUGUAAACUUCCGACUUCAACUGUAUAUGGAGAGGAGUUGGCUAAGUGAUUUCAAUGGCUAGAUUAGCCCUAAACAAGAGUAAUGUGUGAGUGGUGUUCUUCUCUCUCCAGAUGUUGAGUGGGAGGAGGAUGCUAUACUGGGGCCCAUCUUCAUCCAGGACACCUAUGUGAAAUGGGACAAGGAAGUACAUGCUGGAGAGCAGCAAGUGCAGGCUGAAGCACAGCACUCUCAUAUGUUGGCUGAGGAUCCAUCUGAAGCGGGUAACUAAGCUACAACACUUCAACUUUACCGUAACCUAUUAAGGAUCGGACCCUUUUUUUCCAUUUUCGCCUAAAAUGACACCCAAAUCUAACUGCCUGUAGCUCAGGACCUGAAGCAAGGAUAUGCAUGUUCUUGGUACCAUUUGAAAGGAAAUGUGAAAUUAAUGAAGGAGAAUAUAAUACAAACAAAAAACAUGCCUAAUUUUUCUUUCUUUAUUUCAUCAUUUUUGACAUGCGAGAGGCCGAAAUAUAAUAUUGCAGUUUAGGCGUGUGGAGCCAGAGACAGCAGGAGUUCAAACUGUAGAACCCAGUUCUUACAUUUGAAUAUAAAAAUGGAUUUUAUCAAACAAAACUUUGCUACAUUUUAUCUCUGGGACCCUUAGGAUGACAAAUCCGAGCACGAUUACUGAAUGUAAGUACAUUAUUUACCUUCAGAGGUGAAUGUAUCAAACCAGUUGCCGUGAUACGUUUUUUGUUGUGCACUCUCCUCAAACAAUAGCAUGGUGUUUUUUUCCCUGUAAUAGCUACUGUAAAUUGGAUAGUGCAGUUAGAUUAACAAGAAUUUAAGCUUUCUGCGCAUAUAAGACAUGUAUAUGUUCUGGAAGGUUUGCUGGUUUGUACAACAGUCAUGCCAAUCACGUUCGGGCACAUUAGCUCAACCAUUCUGUAUACGGGACACUGAUCCCGUAGAGGUUAACCCGUAGAGGUCCCGCAUUUUAUUUGCGUGUUACAAUUCAAAUUGUUCCAUGUAGCCUGAGCAAUGUUUGAACAUGUUAAAUCCAAGUCCUUCUGCAUCCUAGGUGUCUCUGCAGAGGCAGCCGUGGUGGGAGUGGCGAUUGUGUUGGGCCUGCUCUGUGUGGGCGUCCUGGUAACCGUCCUGUACAGGAGGAACAAUCCCUACUCCUGUGAUUUACCCACAACCUUUUAACUGAAAAUAAUAAUAAACAUGGCAGCAAUGCCUUUUCUCUACCCACCUGGUUGCUGAUUUGUCUUUGCUUGGAGGGGGUUCACUGACUUAAUGUUCAGAUGGCCAACAGCAUGCAUGAUGGGCUACUUGCUGCCACUCUUCUCCACUAGAUGGAGACAGAUGUUAUCAUCCUGUGCUAG